GGAGUGGCAAUGGUUGGUACGGGACCAAGGUCUGGAAUGACCCAUAGGCCCCCUACCCCGCAAGCAAGGGUUGCACUGGCAGCCCGAACCAGAGGACAGGCCAAAGCGGGGACAAGCCAGGAGCAGCCUCGAAAAGAGCCUGAGCCAGAGCAGAAGAAACAGUCUGUGGAAGUAAAGGAGGAGGAGGAUGAAGAUGAGGAAGAUGAGAGACUCCGCAAGGAGGAAGACAGGAGGGCGGAACAAAGGGCAAAGAAAAGGCGACCGCAAGAGGAAGCCAGGCCUGUUCUACGUGAUGUAACGCCAAAGAAAAAAAAGAAAUACGCGGUCCGGCUCGAGGAAGGGUUUGAUGUGGAAAGGGUAAUUGACAGGCUGCUUGAGGGUCACAACGAUCUCAUGACCCUGAAGGAAAUUUUAGCGUCUGCUCCAAGGCUCCGAGACGAGCUGAAAGGGAGGUUGUCAAGGCGCUUGGUACCGAGUGUCCAUCUUAGCGUAAUUCUGCCAAAGGAGGCAGAAUGGGAAGAACCGGGAACAAAGAUGGAUUGGAAAUGCGUGGCCUGUGGUAUGGUGGAUCUGGUGGUAAAAGGGACAAAGUGCGCUGCAAUGGUGGACACGGGGGUGGAAAUGAACAUCAUCAAGAAAGCUAACGCGCUCAGGCUCAGAACCGGUUUAGUUCUCAUAAGCUGCAUCGAAGAGUACUACCUACGUUACCCCUUCGUCAGAGAGUUCGUGAUGGACAGGGGAUCAUACUUUAAUUACCAGGAGGUGCAGGAGUUGUUGGCAGGAUACGGCGUGGUGGCCAAUUAUACCACGGCCGCACACCCCCAAGCAAAUGCUCCAGUUGAAAGAGGGCAUACCACCAUCACAAAUGCUCCAGUUGAAAGAGGGAAUAGCACCACCAAGUACGUCCCAACCGCACUAUGCUACGGGAGACACAACACCUUCCCAAUUGAGAGCUUCAUGAAAACCUGGAGGCGUCAAGAUUUAGAGACCAACUUGUCCUUCGAGGAAUUGCUUGACAUUCUAGCGCGACAGGUGGGUGCGAUUGAGGAGAGGAUUCAGGAGGCGUCUAACCAAGUGGAGAAUCGCAUGGAUGAUGAGGCUCGUUGGGACCAGUUGGCGCGAGUGCGGAAGGAACUGGAGGCACACCUGGAUAUUUCACAGUGGAGAGAGCCGCCGACUAGCGAAGUGCGUGGUGAGCCGGCAGAGGAGGUACCACGAGAGGAGGUCCAUGAGCCUGAGCGGGAGACGAGGCAGAAUGUUGAGAGAGGGCGCGCUAUGGAGGAGGUGAUAGAGUUUGAGGAGGACACUCCACCUCGGCCGCAUGCUGCAAAGUUGGGGCCAGAGAUCAUACUGGAGAUCGCCCGCGAGGAGGAGGAACCUCGGCAGGAGGAGAUUCCGUCCCCGCCGUCGGAGGCGAUCCUUUCGCCAGGGGUGAAAAUGUAGAUUGAGCGAAAACGGACCAACUGGACAAAAGACGCCAUCUCCACGAUUGAUAGGUAUCUGGUUGCACAUGCCCAAAAGCACCCUGACAUC